UAUAUCAAUCAGUAUGUUGCACAUGAACGAAUAUUAAAGUUUUUAAUUGAUCGGCACGGAAUUAUGCAUCAGACAAUGAAUUAAGAACGUAAGAGAUAUUGAUAAAAAUAAAUAACCGUUUUUAAUUUAAAUAAACUGAUACGAUUCUACUGAAAAUGAGCGUAACUUUGCAUACCGACGUCGGAGACAUAAAGAUAGAAUUAUUUUGCGAAUUGUGUCCGAAAACGUGCGAGAAUUUUCUAGCUUUGUGCGCUAGUAAUUAUUAUGAUGGUUGCUUAUUUCACCGAAAUAUAAAAGGAUUUAUCGUGCAAACUGGAGAUCCCACGCAAAGUGGUAAAGGUGGAUCUUCGAUAUGGAAUCGUAAAUUUGAAGACGAGUUCAAGGAAGAAUUGAAACAUAAUGCUAGAGGUCUUGUAUCUAUGGCUAAUAACGGUCCGAAUACAAACGGUAGUCAAUUUUUUAUCACAUAUGGACCCCAACCACAUUUAGAUCUGAAGUAUACUUUAUUUGGAAAGGUAAUAGACGGCUUAGAAACUCUUGAACAAUUAGAAAAAUUACCUGUAAAUCCAAAAAAUUACAAACCGCUUAAUGAAACUCGCAUAAACAACGUAACUAUACAUGCUAAUCCUUUGGCAGGGUAGUAGAUGGUAAUAAAU